AUGGCAAUCACGACGACCCCCGCCCCGCCCCGCCCUCGCAUCGCGCUCACGAUGGGCGACCCCGCCGGCGUCGGCCCGGAGCUCGCGGCGCGCCUGCUCGCCAACCCGGCCAACAGGGCCAAGGCGGACAUCUACGUGCUGGCCGACCAGAGCGAGGUCGACGCGGCGGCCGCGAUCGUGGGCGUCACUAUCCCGACGGCGGCCACGCCGUCGGCGGACGCCGUAGCCAUCCUCGACGACGGAACGGCGCCUACGACGCCAGUUGUCCCCCGCGCGGUGUCGGUCGAGGCGGGCGCGCGCACGCUGCACCAGCUUAACCGCGCGCUGGCGCUCGCGAACGCCGGCAAGGUCGACGCGAUCGUCUUCACGCCGCUCAACAAGACGUCCCUCCACAUGGCGGGCAUGCACGAGGAGGACGAGCUGCGGUGGUUCGCGAAAGCGCUGUCGUACGACGGCCCGACGUCGGAAAUUAACAUCAUCAAGGGGCUGUGGACGGCGCGGGUUACCUCUCACGUGGGGAUCAAGGACGUGGCCGCGCUUGUGACGCGCGAGAGCACGCUGUCGGCGAUCACGCUGCUGCAUUCGCUGCUGUCCGACUCUGGCAUUCAGUCGCCGCGUAUCGGCAUCUGCUCCUUGAACCCACAUAACGGCGAGAAUGGCCUCUUUGGCACCGAGGAGAUCGAGCACAUCCGCCCCGCGGUCGCCGACGCCAAGGCAAACGGCAUCGACGCGGACGGGCCGUACCCGUGCGACACGAUAUUCCUCGCGCGCCACAAGUACGACGGCAUCGUGAGCAUGUACCAUGACCAGGGGCAGAUCGCGAUCAAGCUCUUGGGCUUCGACGGCGGCGUGACGGUGCAGGGCGGGCUGCCGGUCGUCAUUGCCACCCCGGCGCACGGCACCGCGUUCGAUAUCGCCGGCACAGGCAAGGCGAGCGUCAACUCCUCGCAGAACGCGCUGGAUGUGGCUAUUGCCAUUGCUGGGCGCCGCGCGGCGCGGAGGGCAGAGGGCGGGAAGAAGGUGAAUGGGGUCAGUGUGCCUCCUGCGGCUGAGGUUGUAGUUUAG